AUGAAUCUAGCUAGCUUAGCUUUCGUUUGCUGUGGAUCCCAUCAGAAACUCACAACGCAUACAAAGCCAUCAUACUCUCUUAGCAGUCUCUCGUUUUGCAUCUUUUUCUCACAAUCUCUCCCAAGCCCUCAUAAGCACAUUUCUUCAUCUCAGUCACCUUCUAUGGCGAAUUUGAUCCUUAAGCAAUCUCUAAUCAUACUUCUAGUUAUAUUUUCAUCACCAAUCUUAAGUUCUGAAGCUCGAAUCCUUCGUGCAUACCGUGCCCCCUCCAUGGGAAUUAUAGAUAAUCAGGUUCUACUACGUGAACUCGGUUUUGAUCUAUCCAAGUUUAAAGGUCAUAACGACAGGCGUUUCUUAGUGAGUUCCGACAGGGUUUCACCAGGAGGUCCCAAUCCGCAACACCAUUAUUGAAUGGUCUAUAUAAAACUUUACCGAAGAUCCAAGGACAAAAAAUUUGAUUGAACCAUGCAAGUCAUAUGAUGACUAUCGUUAUCUUUAUGUUUUUGUUUCUCUUCUAUCUUUUUUU